AGGGCAUACCUCCAGUCACAAUUACAACUUGUGUAUGUCCGCCCAACCACACAGACAAAGCUCAAGAUAGGAAUUGUGGUUGUAAGUCAUUUCGAUGUCGUCCAGCGAGAUGCUGGACGUUAUAAUGCUUGGGGCUGCUACGCCGCCCGUCAUGGCUACCACUAUCACAUAGAUCUUGUCCAGCCUGUGAAAAGUCGUGCUUAUAUAUUUAACAACAAGAUAAUUGCGAUAUCGAAAUAUUUACCGUACUAUGAUUACUUGUUGUACGUUGAUUCGGAUAUAUCCAUAGAGAGCAUGAACACAACAAUUGAAUCCUACGUGGAGAAUAGUAACGCAAGUCUUUUCCUCACCGACGACCCGCACCGACCCAACGCUGGUGCCUUGCUAUUUAAAAAUAGCCAAUGGACGCAUACAUUUCUGCAGUCGUGGAUAAAUUUACAGGGAUAUGCAGUUGAUGAUAAUGGCGCUUUGUGGAACAACAUUCUUUUGAACUCGUUUCCUGACUACGACAACAGAUGUGGUUCGAUAAAAGUCAAGAAGCACAUAGGUCUGCUAUCAAGUUGCUAUAAUAAUGAACUGGAUUCCAGGGGUUAUGUUUACGGCAAACGUGAGCUGCCACAUGUAUUUUUAAUAGGCCCUCAUAGCAAGCUCAGAGGUCUUCACUUUUAUGAGAAGUUUCCCAGCCGCAAAAAAGAAAACUUGUUCCAAGACGGCGAUUUCUUAAAACAUUCCAAAACACAAUCGAAUUUUUCCAGCCUGGGUACUGUUUGUGGACCAAUCCAGCCAGAAUUAACAUAUUCUGAAAUUCCAGCAGCAGCCUUCCGCAACAACGAUUCAUCGCAAUAAGCUUUUCGGUCGACUGAUUUUUGUGUCUUUGCCUGGAGAGUGCUGUAAAAAUGCUGGCAACGGAACCUCCACAAUAUCGGCCAAGAACUAUUCCUUGAGUGUGAUUUACUCUGGCAUAACGAGCAUUGUGCGAAGGUGAAAACAGUGGCAGGUUAGGUUCCUUAUGAAAAGCUAUAAAUUUUUUGAUUUCACAUUCUCAUAUCAUAAUACAAUAGCG